AUGGAAUAUUCCACCCCCUACCCCAAAAAAUCCCUCUACGCCCCUCCCAUCCGCAUCCUCGUCGACACCCGCAUCCACCUCCUCCCCGGAGACACCAACGAAGACCGCAACUCCUACCUCAUCAACCACAUCUGCCAACUGCACUGGCACACCAGAUCCACUCCCACCAAGUACCGCCGCUACGCCUUCAGCACAGAGCGGUACCCUACGGAGUCGACGCGCUGCCUGUUUCUCGUUGAUUAUGGCCAUACUGCAAGCAAGGAGGAGGAUGAGGAUGUACCGGUGGUGUAUUAUAGCUGGACCGGGGAGAAUUUAACUCCAUUACCCAUCCUCUCCUACGAACCCUGGAUCAUGAAUAAUCUCAAAUACGUGUAUCCGUUUACGCCGACACAGUGGAGGGACUUGAAUAAUCGUGAUCGCGAGCGAGAGAUGCUUUUGUCCAAGGUAGUGUGGGCUAGUAGUAGUGGGGGCGCGAGUGAUGAUGAUUUGAGGUAUUUGAGGGAUAAUGAGGAGGAUUGGGUGUGGUUAAGGGCCAGUAUGGAUCCGGAUGUUUUCGGGGGGUUUUUGUAUGAGGCGAGGGGGAGAAUUUACUGA